AUUACAACCCUACCUUCACCGAGAGAAAUAUUCACUCCGUCGCGAGUCGAACCCAGUGGCGGCGAUGGGUCGCGUUGCUCUCCCCAUCGCCUCCACAUGAGAUUCAAACUCUCCUCCUCAGCCGCCGCCUCUUUCACCGCUCGGCCUGCAUCUCUGAAAUCGUCUGUCUCUCCCAUCUGCUCCUUCAUGGCCGCCUCUUCUGCUUCCGCAGAGGAAUUCGACGACCAACGUUGCUGCGACAACACCCGCCAAUUUCCCGACGCCGACCUCCACGAACAGCAACAGCUAGGGCAAGCUGGAUAUAUUGGGAUCCCAAGUGGAUACCCGAGCGGGGAGUCGCGAAUUGAACGAGCGUGGGCUCACUGGAAGAAGCUAGGUCAGCCGAAGCUUAUUGUGGCUCCCAUGGUUGACAACUCGGAGCUUCCUUUUCGGAUGCUGUGUCGAAAGUAUGGAGCUGAAGCGGCUUAUACUCCAAUGCUUCAUUCUCGCAUCUUCACCGAGAAUGAAAAGUAUCGUUCUGAAGAGUUCACCACCUGUAAGGAGGAUCGCCCCCUAUUUGUCCAAUUCUGUGCAAACGAUCCAGAUACUUUGUUGGAGGCAGCACGAAGAGUGGAACCUUAUUGUGAUUAUGUUGAUAUUAACUUGGGGUGUCCUCAGCGUAUUGCUAGGCGUGGAAACUAUGGAGCUUUCUUAAUGGAUAAUCUUCCUCUUGUUAAGUCUCUGGUAGAAAAAUUGGCUCUCAACCUUAACGUCCCAGUGUCCUGCAAAAUUCGCAUUUUCCCGGACUUGCAAACAACUAUAAACUAUGCAAGGAUGCUGGAGGAUGCUGGCUGCUCUCUCUUAGCAGUUCAUGGCCGUACAAGAGAUGAAAAGGAUGGAAAGAAAUUCCGGGCCAAUUGGGAUGCCAUUAAAGCUGUUAGAAAUGCUGUUAGAAUCCCAGUGCUUGCCAAUGGGAAUAUACGGCACAUGGAUGAUGUCCAGAGCUGUUUGAAAGAGACGGGAGUUGAUGGGGUCCUCUCGGCAGAGACUCUCCUUGAGAAUCCGGCUCUCUUUGCCGGGUUUGGAACUGCUGAAUGGGCGUUGGGCAGCAGUGAAAUCAACAAAGAUGGAGAAUUAGACCAGACUGAUUUGUUGGUGGAGUAUUUGAAACUUUGCGAGAAAUAUCCUGUACCAUGGAGAAUGGUCCGUUCUCACGUGCACAAGCUUCUAGGAGAGUGGUUCAGGAUUCAUCCUCAUGUGAGAGAGGACCUGAAUGCACAAUCGAAACUCACCUUUGAAUUCCUUUAUGGCAUGGUCAACAGGCUUAGGGAGCUGGGCUCUCGGAUACCUCUUUACUUGAAAGAUUCUCGCUCAGAAAUGGUAUCGUCAAAUGGGAUUGUUGCAUGAAACUGCGUUCUUUCAAAUUGGACAUUACAAGUUGCUGGCAGCCCCCGUAUGGUCCGCGUGGUGUGGAUUACGAAAUAUUCAGAGCCUGGGUUCUUACGCCGUGCAAAAGCACUGGUGCAAGCUUUGCUUCUUCUGCAGCUGGCUCUUUGGCUAUUGUAACAUGGUGGUAUUACUUGCAUCCUGAUACUGUACCAAUUGAAACCUUGCUGAUCCGAUGGGGGAGACGUCACGGGGUCUCUGAAUUUCCUUCUAUAGGUUGGGACUUGGGAUUCAUUCAAGCCUUAUGUGGAGGCCUUGUUGACUGUACUUCCUUUUAACUGAGACAAUUAAUUACUAACAUAACCUAUUUGUUCCCCAAAAUUGGGUGAGAAUUACCCCUUCCUUCUAUUAGGACGUUAUUUUUUUAGUGUUCUCAUUUGUUGAGAUGGUGAUCAUUAUAUAAUGCCGUCUCAUCGGACCGAGUAAUUUGUAGCCUCUGAGAAGAAGAUUUAGUGUUUUUUAUGUACUAUAUAUAUAUAUAUAUAUAGGUCCCCAGGAAA